AUGUUAUCUGUGAUCUACUCUCUACAUUCGAUUGCAAAAUUUCUCUAUAGAAAAUUUAGUAAUGUUCAAUUGUCUACGUCAAACUCAUCGUCAUUGUUGCCACAUUCUUACACUGCUGACUUCAAUAAAGAAGAAGAGUUAGAUACACUUUAUAAUUUUAUUCAACAAUAUGGUUUUGGCACAUUGAUUGCUGUACACCCCGAUUCUAACGUACCAGUUGCAUCGCAUAUACCAUUCUUAAUCGAUAAACAAACGGGUGAAUAUGGUGAGUUAAUUGCACAUGUAGCAAGAAAUAAUGAAAUAUACAAAUAUUUAUCGACAAACUCCGAGGUAUUAGUCAUAUUUCAUGGUCCACAUGGUUACAUAUCACCACAAUUCUAUUUACCAUCACAUAUAAAUGUUCCAACAUGGAAUUAUGCAAAUGUUCACGUCUAUGGUAAAGCGAUACUGGAUACUCCAUCUGGUAUUCCACCUCAAGAUGUCAUGAAUGAUCUAAUAAAUUUUUAUGAAGAAAAAUACAUGACCACAAUGUGGAAUUGGUCAGAUUAUUAUACACCCGAGGCAUUGUUAAGUCAACGAAAAUCAAUUGUUGGUUUUAGAAUAAGAAUAACAAGAAUCUAUGGAAAAUAUAAAUUAUCUCAAAAUAAAACACGUGAUAUACAAAAACAAGUCAUUCACGGUUUGAAAAAUACCAAUCAACUGGAUAUCGCAGCAUUCAUGGAAAAUUACCUAGAAAAAGAUGAUUAA